AUUUAGAACUUUUUAAAUAUUUCUAGUGCUAGGAAGAAUCAAGUUAUUACAUAGCACAGGAAAAAAAAAUACAAAGUUGAAGUUCUGUCAGCUUCCCCUCCUCCCCAAAAUAAAGUAGAAUAAAGAUUGUGAUUCUCAUAGGAUCUCUGUUAUCUCAAUAUCUCUUUAUUAGAAUAUACUAAUACUAUUAUCAAUGGGGAGGAGUAAUAACCAGUUGAGAGCCACUGCGAAGGCAAAGAACAAGAGCUUUAUACCAAAACAGGUUAAGAGCAAGACUCGCAACCAGUAUCGAAAACUGAAAAUAUCUAAGGCUAAGAAGGGGAACAACUUCAUGCAUAAGAAGCUUUCAUACAAUGUAGUCCGUGGUAAGGACGGAAAAGUCACAAAGCGCAAAUUCCGUGCAACCGGAGGCAACCAUAGUGGUGCGGCCAAUAAAGCUUCUGCGUCCAAAAUGAAAUCUAAAGGCAAGUAGAAACCAAAGGCAAUCUGACAUAUGGGCAGGUAUUGAACUUUAUGCACAAAUUGUAUAAUUAUAAUUGGUGUUAUUUUGAUACACUAUACAGAUAAAUUAAUGCAUAAUCCUCUUUUCCA